GGGCGUGGCGUCAUGUGACGUCAACGCGCGGUCCCCACUCGAAAGUUGCAGAGCGAAGAAAAGUUGCCAGUGCCACGUCUGCGCGCAUUGGGUCAAGGAGAAGGCAAUAAGAGAAACAAAUAUUCUUCUAAACGGACAGCAUGUGGCUUCUGCUGGUCAAUUGCAUCAAUCUUUUGCACGCACUCAUUUUCACCUUUAUGCUGGAUUACGCCAGCAGUGCUCUGAUCCCAGAAGCUGAAGUGAAAAUCGACGUGUUACAAAAGCCUUUCCUCUGUCACAGAAAAACCAAGAUCGGUGACAAGUUACUGAUACAUUACUCUGGAUACUUUGAGAAUGGGACCAUGUUUCAUUCCAGUCAUUCUAGCAACGAUGGCCAACCAGUUUGGUUCACACUUGGGAUUAAAGAAUCGCUCACAGGUUGGGAUAAAGGAUUAGGUGAAAUGUGUUCUGGAGAGAAGAGGAAACUUGUCAUCCCACCUGCCUUAGCCUUCGGAAAAGAAGGAAGAGGUAAAAUACCACCUGAAAGCACUUUGAUAUUUGAAAUUGAGCUUCUGGAGAUCAAAAGUGGCCCACGGUCUCAUGAUUCAUUCCAAAAUAUGGACCUUGAUGAUGAUUGGAAAUUAUCGAGACAAGAGGUGAAAGAAUAUCUACGCAGUGAAUUUGAUAAGUAUGGAAUUGAUCAUAAUGAAACCCAUCAGGAGAUUAUGGUAAAUGAUAUCUUUAAAAAUGAAGAUGAGGAUGAAGAUGGAUACAUCUCUGCCAGAGAAUUUACUUAUAAACACGAUGAACUGUAAACAUAAUUCAGUGCGGUUUCCUAUCAGUGGUUUUGGACCUUGCAUUGCUAAUGUUAAUGGAAAGAGAAUCACUCCAUUACAAAGUGACCAGAUGCGUAAAGAUUGUUUUAAAUGUUUUUGAUUAAGUCAAUAUGAUGAAUUAUCACGAAGAAAAGAUUCCUUUAAAGAAAUGUUUCACCUUGUGGUCUUGAUUUAAAAUAAAUUAAUCAUUUCUGUGCUUUACCAAAGCACACUUUGACAUAUCUAAAGACACUGCAUGUGUAUAUUUAUAAAUAAAGCUAUUUGACAGCAGUACAGUUAUUUAGAAAAUUAUUUUCUUACCUCUUUAUCCCAUCCCUACCACACUGACCAUGUUUGGUUAAAUUAAAACUUUUUUUUCUAUGUCAGUUAAGAAUGCAAUUAUUGUUUGUAAUUUGGUGAAUGAUUUGUUCCAACAUAAUUGAAUUACUCAGGGUGCUCCUGCAGCCAAUGAAUUGUAGCAUCCAAAUUUUAUUCUGAUGUCAAUCUUUGCCUCCACUAUUGUCAAAGUCUAUUCCAUAUGUCAUUCUCUUUACCAUAUACAGAGCUUUAUGUUUUAAAUUGGUCUUCAAAUUAAUACAAAUCCAUUUCUCCUUGUCCCGCAUUCAGAGUAUACAGUGAGAUCAUUUUAUUUAUGCGCACAUACUUUUCAAUUCCUCCCGUCACACCUUGCACAUCCCUAACUUUUAUUCAUAGCUCAGACGUUUACAUCCGUUUUGUGGCUGUACCUUUUACUUAAAUGUCUGGCUGAGCAACUGUAUAUGGGUUCCAUGUCCAAGAUGUGUAAAGUUUAUUGCAAUGUCUGAUGACAUUUUUACCUUUUUUUACCUUCUAUCAUUGUAAUUUACAAUUCUUUUGUCUUUAUGCUUUGCAUUGUUUCAAUAUUAUGUAGUUUAGAACGUCUUGUACUUUAAAUAUUCAGAUUACAAACAAUGUCUGAUCCUUUUUUCCCCAAUGAGAACAACAUUUAGUACUGCUGCAAAAGUCAACAUUUCUACAUUUGCUUUUAUUGUGAAAUAAAUUAUGUAAGCAUUGCAUGUGGAAUUGUAUACAGUUAUUAAAAAAUAUCAUUAACGUUUAAAAAGUAAGAUGAAAGUAAUAAACUGUUUACGGCUCAAUAGCCUUUGAUAGUAUUUUUUAGCCAGCAACAUUGUAUAUUUAAUUCUGUUUACAAAUUUGGGUACUUAAAUGCAUAUUGUUACAUA